AAGUUGGAUAUUGUUAUGCUUCUUCUCAUCUAAAUUUGUAUCCUUAAAGCUGAGCAAAGACGAAGAAUCUCUCCAACAAUGGCGUUAACUCCAACUCCAUCGACACUCACUUCUCGUGUAAAUAUCUCCUCCGAUCAUCAUCCUUCCUCUCUUCAUUUUCUUCUCCCUCCUCCUGGAUCAUUAUCGUCUCCUCCUUCUUCCUUUUCUCUCCACUUAUCCGCGCUGAAUAGAUCCAUGAUCUGCUUCGAAACACUCAAGGUUCUCUCGAGAUCCAAGUGUUUAGCAAAAUCUCCAACAACCGCCGAGGAUUUCGUCGGCGAUUACGAUUCUCUUAACGUUAGCGGUGACGACGACGACGACGAUGGUAGUGUCAGCGGUGGUGGAGGAAAGAAGAUCGAUUCUUCUUCCUCUACUGUAUCUUCCUCGAGUGAUUCUACCUCUCUGGGGAUUCGCGAGCCAGUUUAUGAGGUUGUUGAAGUGAAGGCGACGGGAACAAUAUCUACAAGGAAGAUUAGCAGACGACAGCUUCUCAAGUCCAGUGGUCUUCGGCCAAGAGAUAUCCGAAGCGUUGAUCCUUCACUGUUUAUGACUAACUCCAUGCCAUCUCUGUUGGUUCGUGAACAUGCAAUUCUGCUUAAUCUGGGCUCUCUGCGUGCAAUAGCAAUGCGAGACCGUGUCCUUAUCUUUGAUUAUAACCGGAGAGGAGGAAGGGCUUUUGUUGAUACUCUGAUGCCUCGGAUCAACCCAAGAAGCAUGAAUGGAGGUCCCUCUAUGCCUUUUGAACUCGAGGUUGUGGAAUCGGCGCUAAUCUCAAGGAUACAGCGGUUAGAGCAGAGGCUUAUGGAUAUAGAACCCCGUGUCCAAGUUCUUCUUGAGGUUUUGCCCAACCGCCUAACUGCUGAUAUAUUGGAGGAGCUUCGUAUUAGCAAACAAAGACUGGUUGAAUUGGGCUCGAGAGCUGGAGCUCUUAGACAAAUGCUCCUUGAUCUCUUAGAGGAUCCACAUGAGAUACGCCGCAUAUGCAUCAUGGGAAGAAACUGCACACUUAGAAGAGGAAAUGACGACAUGGAGUGUUCAUUGCCCUUAGAUAAGCAGAUUGCUGAAGAAGAAGAGGAGGAAAUUGAAAUGCUCUUGGAGAACUAUCUGCAAAGAUGCGAGUCAUGCCAUGGUCAAGCGGAAAGGCUUCUGGAUUCUGCAAAGGAAAUGGAAGACUCAAUUGCUGUCAAUCUAAGUUCUCGGAGACUUGAGGUCAGCAGAUUCGAACUACUUCUUCAGGUCGGAACGUUUUGCGUUGCAGCUGGUGCUCUCGUCGCAGGUAUAUUUGGAAUGAACUUGAAGUCCUAUCUUGAAGAACAACCUUUUGCAUUCUGGCUAACAACGGGCGGAAUCAUCUUAGGAGCUGCAGUAGGCUUCUUCCUCAUGUAUUCCUAUCUCCGUAAACGCAAAAUCUUUUGAACUUUCAAUGGUGAAAGAAGAGGUGAACAACAUCCGUGAAGAAAGAGACUUUUCAUCAGACAACACAAUGUGGCAUUAGGCCACCUUGGUAGUAAGUUACUUAGAGACCGGUGAUUUCAUAAAAUGUCAGAUAUAUAUUUAUUGUGUUGUCUCAAUUGAACCCCGAUGAACUGUGAGUUAUGUCCUCAUUGCUUACACUCUGCACGAAACUAUUUGGUAUUGUUGAAUAAAUGAAUCAUCUGGAUUGGUUCGAAA